AAAGUGAUCUCCUACCUCAACGUAGCCGCAUUCCUACCAUUCCGUUUCUUCAUCCAGCUAUGGCUAGUCUUAUGGGCAUUCGAAAAUUACUACAACAUGCACUUGUACUACUUCUGCAUGUGGAUGUUGGGAUCAUCGUGCUUUGUGCUAAUCAAUGGAAGUUUGUUCCUCAGGAUAUUACACAGUGAUGGAUUCCUCUUCAAGAAACUUUCCAAAGAACAGCUUGGUGGAUUGGCCGAAGAUUCCGAAUUUAAAGAAGUUGAAAGAGACGAAUUGCUCGACAAAGUGACGUCUUCCGAUAUUGUUACUCAAUAA